UGGCCUGAGCCGGGCGAAUUCCUCCAGGGUGAAGUGGGAGAUAUUUAUACCCAGGGUCAGGCCGCGAGCCCAGGACAGGAAAGCUGGGAUUUCACAGGACACAGCGAGGCUGCAGAGGGCAGGUGGGACUUGGGCGUGUCCCGCUGUCUUCACGGGUCUGUCUCUUCCUCUGCCAGUGUGAGGCCCCGCCCUGCUCUCCCCUGCUAGGGAUAAUGGUGUCUCUCAGCCACAUCUUGGUCCUCUGUGUGGGUCUCCUUGCCACAGCCAAUGCAGAAGCUCCAAAGGAACACGACCCAUUCACCUACGACUACCAAUCCCUGCGGAUCGGAGGCCUCAUCAUCGCCGGGAUCCUCUUCGUGCUGGGCAUCCUCAUCGUGCUCAGCAAAAGAUGCCGGUGCAAAUUCAACCAGCAGCAGAGGACCGGGGAACCUGAUGAAGAGGAGGGAACUUUCCGCAGCUCCAUCCGCCGUCUGUCCAGCCGCCGGCGGUAGAAACACCUGGCGCCAUGGAACCCAGCCAGGAUUCCCUCGGCACCUGGCGCCUCCCACACACCACCUGCGCGCCCACCGCCACCUCCAGCGCCCCCGUCCCCGGCUCUGCCCCCCCAGACUCCCCAUGCCGCCCCGACUUCCAAUAAAACGUGCUUUUUUCCCUUGACAGC